CCAGUCUCAGGAGCAUCAACCAAAAUCCCAACGGCACGAAUCGCGAUCCGAAUACUGAAUCGAUUAAUCGCCUAAAUCGAUUAAUCGCCAGGUGCCCUUUGCAGGCGCAGCUCUGUAAUUGCUUUGCUCAUUCUCCUGCUGGCGAAAGGGCCUCUACACUGGAGGGAGCUCUGAGGCCCUCUCAGAGGUGCUUUGGCCUACUCUUUCACGCUGGCCAUGUGCCUCUGAAGUCGUUUGGUGUCUUUCAACGCGGCGUUCUAAAUCAACAAAAAAAUAAUAAUCAUUCGGCGGCGAGAGGACACGAGUCGCAUCGUUGUGUUGGUGCUGCACCAGAAGGCUCGUCUUGUCUAAGCGCGCACGUGUUCUGCUGCGGGGGGUGACACCCAGAGCCCUUUAACUCGCACUUGUUCCGCUGCCCUUUAACUCGCACGUGUUCCGCUGCCCUUUAACUCGCACGUGUUCUGCUGCCCUUUAACUGGCGCGAGGUCACGCGUGGAGCAAGCGCCGAGACAUCACCAGGGCAGCGUGACAGCUCCCUCCUCUCGGCCUUCCCUUCUCCCUGCCCUUCCUCACCGCUGCCCUUCACUCUCCCGCUCCAUUCUCUGCACUGCCCUUCUCUAAUCCAUCGCUGCCCUUCUCUCGCCGACCCUGCCCCCCGGCAUCCAUCUCAUCCCGCUGCACCCCCCCCCACUCCCGAACAUCUCGCCACGACAUCGUGGACCAUGUCCCCCUCGCCCUUCCUCCACCUGCGUGCCUGUCGCAGCCUGCUCAAGCACCCGGCCGCCUCUCUCACGUCAACGUCGCCGCCCCCGGCUCGCCCCGGCGCGAGCGCCGCUCCGCUACCGUCGCCGCCUCGCCGCCGCGUGGUCAUCACGGGCCUCGGCGUGAUCUGCCCGCUCGGCGUGGGCGCGGACGCCGUGUGGCGUCGCCUCCUGCGGGGCGACACCGCCACCGUGGCGCUCGACCACGCGGCCUUCGCGUCGCUGCCGUCCCGCGUAGCCGGCCUGGUGCCCCGCGGAACGGGGGGCGGCGACAGCGCCACGUUCGACCCGUCCCUCUUCGUGCCCGCGUCUCAGGCCAGGCACCUGUCCCCCACCACCGUCAUGGCCUUGGCGGCGGCCCGCCUCGCCUUGGACGACAGCGGCUGGCGGCCCCGCGGCCCCGAGGAGCGGCUGCGCGCCGGGGUGGCCGUCGGGGUCGGGGUGGCCGACCUGGAGGAGAUCGUGAACGCCGGCGUGUCGCUGCGCGAGCUGGGAGCCCGCAAGCUGAGUCCCUUCUUCGUGCCCAGGAUCCUCACCAACAUGCCCGGGGCCCACAUCAGCAUCGCGCACGGCCUCAAGGGCCCCGUGCACUCCGUGUCCACGGCCUGCGCCACGGGCGCGCACGCCCUGGGCGACGCGGCUCGCCUCGUCGCGCGCGGGGACGCCGACGUGAUGGUGGCGGGCGGCGCCGAGGCGGCCGUGACCCCCUUGGCCGUGGCCGGGUUCUGCCGGGCGCGCUCGCUGAGCACGGCCUUCAACGGGAGGCCCGGGGCGGCCUCCCGGCCCUUCCACCCGGAGCGCGACGGCUUCGUGAUCGCCGAGGGCGCCGCCGUCGUGGUGCUGGAGGAGAUGGAGCGCGCCGUGGGGAGAGGCGCGCGGAUCCUGGCCGAGGUGAUGGGCUACGGGAUGUCCGGCGACGCCAACCACAUCACGGCGCCCAGCGAGGAUGGUGACGGUGCCUACAGGUGCAUGGAGGCCGCCCUGCUCGACGCCGGCCUCAGCCCCGGCGACGUCGGCUACAUCAACGCUCACGCCACGUCCACUCCGCUAGGCGACGCGGCCGAGCUCUGCGCCAUCCAGCGCCUCUUCGGGUCUCGCUGCUCCUCCUCCUCUGGCGGCGUUCCGGCCCUCGCCAUCUCAUCGACGAAGGGCGCCACCGGUCACCUGCUCGGCGCGGCCGGCGCGCUCGAGGCGGCCUUCGCGGCCCUGGCGUGCGCGCGCGCCGAGCUGCCGCCCACCGCCAACCUGGACCGCGUGGAGCCGGGCUGCACCCUGAACCUCGUGCCGCUGCGCUCGCAGCCGUGGCCGCACGAUGACCGCUGCCGCCGCCGCCGCGUGGCAUUGACCAACUCGUUCGGGUUUGGCGGCACCAACGCCUCGCUGUGCCUGGGCAGUGUGGACGCGUGAUUCGCCUGUCUGGAACGCUCUUCCCGCUGAUGUUAAGAAGCCGCUGGAGCUAUUCACUUUUAAAUCUAAAAUUGGUAACUAAUUUAUUCAGAACUACUUUUUGUGUUUAGUUUGUCCUUCCGCCGCACCUCCGAUUAGCACGGUUGGCUACAUACGGUGCAAAAGAAGUUCCACAUGGUUGGUGACAGUGGUGGUGGUGCAGGGAGGUGGAAGGCUUCGUCGAAGAGCGGCGUUAAUUUCUUUAUUGACAUUAGUGACAAACAUAUUUGCCAACAAAGUUUUAUUUUUAUUUUAGUGAAAAACGGUGACUAUGAGUGGAUGGCAAUCAUCAAGCAUGACGAUGACUACCGGAGCAGAGAGAGUGUGAGGAGUUGAAACUCAUGAAUCUGAAUGAAGACGCACACGUCUGUAAUUUAGUGAAAUUAUGAGAGACUACCUUCACAGGGUAUGUGGUGGAGACACCCAUCACUCAUACCUGUCAACCCAAACAUUUUAGGGGCCGUCCAUAAAUGACGUCACGCGAUUUUGAACGAUUUUUGACCCCCCCCCCCCCCCCUCGUCGUCACACGGCGUCACAAAAAGUCAGACCCCCCUCAAAUAUGACAUCACAAAGCUCUGCCCCCCCCAAAAAAAAUACUAUUGUCAUUGUAGUGCGUAUUUAAUGUGGCGCUGCACUCUGAUGUAGGAGAAAACAUUUAUUUUCUUAAUUAAGUAGAACGUGUUGUCUAUGUUUAUUUAAAGUUGCGCAUUUUGAUGUGACGUCACAUUUCUCACCCCCCCUCGUCACACAUCGUCACAAAUGUCUGAGCCCCCCCCCCCUCCCCCAGGUGCGUGACAUCAUUUAUGGACGGCCCCUUAUCCGUAUUCUUGUACAGGAUGUACAGGAUGUUUUCAGGUUCAUACGGCGUACAGCCGUUUCAAUACGGGCAAAUAUAUUUUAUUGUCUAUUUGUUUGUGUUUCUCCCUGGUGAAUGAACUUUGUAGGAUGAAUAUUGAGAUUUAUAAAUUGACAGAAAAGUUUCACGAAAUUGUGGAGACUUUUUUUAAAGGAGGUUUUCCUGCUUUGGGAUGUUUGUCUCUUUCCAUUUAUCAUGAAAGAAACUCAACAAAUGUGUCAAAACACACUGCCUUAAAAGAAAUAAGUAUAAUGCUCCACGUUUUGGUCAAUAGCCCUUCUUAGCACAUGUGCUCAGACAUUCGUUCACGGUGUCGUUAUUGUAAGAAGAUUUUUAUAUAAGCAGUGUAAAUUUGUAAAACCCAGAAGAGUUUUUUCGGAGCUUGUGAAUAAUGUAAAUAAAAAAGCCAAGUUGACUUGUGAAAAUUA